AUGACGGUUUACAGCCAGCGGUCUUUGAUGGUCCUUGCUUUAUUAGGGAUCCUAUCAGGGAUUAUGUCUCUGCUAUCGGUCAAUCUGAUUUUCCAUUUACAAACACAACAGAUUGCUGUGAAGGAAUCUCCCCCCACCAUCUCCAUCGUGCCAACUAAUGUUUGGGCAGUGCUGAUGCCAGUGUCUACAGUGCUUUCUGCUCUGUCUCUCACGCUCAAUUUGAGCUCUGUCGUGGUCUGCCUUCUGCACAGCUACUUUACAACCGAGAUAUGCAGAGAAGAUGAUACGGAAAGAGCAGACUGGUUCCUAUUGGAUAGCCGAGCUGUCCGACAUGUGACCAUCGGACUAUUUUGCCUUGGGGUUUCAGUAUACUUUGCAGCUAUGUCCAUCUACAUGCUGCUGGUGUUUGAGGUAGAGACAGGCAUCGCCAGCGCAUGCGUACUGGCCUCGGGCAUCCUGAUUCUGCUGAUGAUCGUGAUUCACUCCCUGGUCAAAGCCGCCCGUACCGCCCAACACUACCGCAGUGGGGAACACACUGACACCCUGUACCAGAACCAGCACGGUGGGAGCACCCCUGCCGCCCGGCAAGGCAAGCUCCAAGACGGGGAAAAACCCAGGAGGCACCGCAACAACUCCAAACUCCACCGGCAUUUGUCCUACCCUCCUCCCUGCACCGACCCUAAGCAGCAUCACCAGCAUCAGUACUCCCCAUCCCACAGCCCUCAGAGCCACAGCAGUGACAAGGAGGGCUACAGUAGUGGUGUGAGUGGUUCUAGAAUGCACAGGACCCUGUCAACAGAGUUGCUGCAGUCUCCAUCUAAGCCCUGGAAUGGCAUUAACAAUGAGAUGCGGAGCGUGCUGGCCCGCAAGUCAGGAGCCUCCAGUAAAGACUCUACUCUGGUGUGA